AAAUCCAGUUGGAUUUGUCCUUGCUAGCAUACUUUUUUCCCUAUGCAUAUAACAGCGUUUCCUUUAUCUUUAUAGAUCCGUUUUUCUCAAUCUAAUCAUUGGAUCUCAGUUUUCACAAUGGAAGCGGAAGAUGAUCUGGACAUUCUGACAGCGUUGUUGGCUGAGAACGAGGCUGAGGAACAAGAGGAGCAGGAGACUAAGGACGACCUAGAUGACCUGUUCGACAAUGACGAUGAUGAUGAAGAGUACACAGAGGGAGCCGAGGAAGACUCUGCAGCAGCCGCUGCUCUUUUCGGUGACGUCGACGACAUUGAGGAAGAGGAGGAGGACGAGGGAGAGGAGGACAAGAAAGAAAAGAACAGGACGUCUAACGGUCAAACUAGCGACAACCUCAACAAGUCCAAGGAAGAUCUAGAAGAUGAGUUGAAGCGCAUGCAGGAGAAGAUGCAGAGGUUGCAGCAGCAGCUGGAGGCUUCUCAGAAGAGUUCUGAAGUUCGCUCCAACCCGGUCCGAACCCCAGGUUCAAAACCCGUCGCUACACCCCGGGACCGACCACAGACCCCCCCCACACUGAAGACCACUCCCCACGCAGCAGGAAAGACCUCGUCUGGUCCAGGAAGAGGAAAGUCGAACAAACAGGCCCCUCCUGGUCCAGGAAGAGGAAAGCCGAACAAACAGGCCCCUCCUGGAGCAGGGAGAGAGGAGAGUUCCAGGUUACAGGAGUCCUCCGACUUUUCCUCCCAGCUGAGCAACGCAGACAUGUUCAAGCCCAAAGGCCAGCGCACAGCCCAUCAGACCGGAGCCAGCACUUCCACAGCUUCUUCGGUAGACCGAGUGCCAUUGGUUGAGAUAAAGAUGGGCAGCACGUUCCUGCCAGUGGAAACCAGCAGUAAGGUCAACAAAGCGUCUCGUUCCCUGCCAACCUCCCAGACAAAGAUGGCCGCUGCCUCGUCCACAGCUCGACAGACGCAGUCUCUACCCGCUCUUCCGAAAGAUGUGGCCAUUGAGAAGUACUCUGGACUGCGGCUGAGGCGGCCGCGGGUGUCAUCUACUGAAAUGGAUCGCAAGAUGGCCGACCGCAGGUUGAUCCGUCUUUCCCAGCUGCCUGAGCGUGUGGGCAGGGAGAAGCUGGAGGAGAGCGACUGGGUCACCUUUGCUGUGCUGGUCAACAAGGCCACUCCUCAGAGCAACAGCAGUGGGAAGACCUUCAGCAUCUGGAAGCUGACCGACCUCCACAACCUGGAAGUGUUUGUGUCCCUCUUCCUGUUUGGAGACGUGCACAAGGAGCACUGGAAGACUGAGCCCGGCACUGUGAUCGGCAUCCUCAACCCCAACCUCAUGAAGCCCAAGGAAGGCUACGACGGGGUCAGUCUGUCUAUCGACCACCCCCAGAAGGUGAUGCUGUUGGGGGAGGCUCAAGACUAUGGGACCUGCCAGGCCAUGAAGAAGAAUGGUGACCCCUGCUCUCAGAUUGUCAACAUGUAUGAGUGCCAGUACUGCCAGUACCACGUCAAGGCCCAGUACAAAAAGAUGAGUUCCCAGAGGGCCGAGCUGCAGUCCAGCUACUCCGGGAAGGUUCUGGGGAAGGUCAAAGGUCGGGGCAACAGCCUGAAAGAGCGACUGUGUCAGACAGGCUUCCAUUACGGGGGGGUGUCCUCUGCUGCCUGCGCCGCAUCACUGUCGGCCUCGCACCCUAAGAAGCCCACCCAGACCACCCUGAGCAGCUUGUUCAUCAAGGGCUCCGACCAGCUGGCCAGCCAGGCCAAGAAGCUGGCGCUGAGCUCUAACAAGGUGUCGGGAUGCUCAGAUGACUUCAAAAGCCUUCUGUCUCAGCCCACCUCUGGAGCCCUGCAGCUGAAGAAGCACCUGACCCACACAGCCAAGCACCCUGCAGGCCCCCAGGGUUCUGUUGGAGGAGGGCUCCAGUCCAUCUCGGCCUCUGAGCUCCUGAAGCAGCAGAAACAGCAGCAGCAGCAGCUGUUAGAGAGCCGCAAGCGGCGGGCGGAGGAGAUCCAGAAGAGGGUCCUCCAGAACUCAGGGGCCUCUCCCCCCGGGAGGCCUGCUCCCCCGGGCGGGCCCGCCCGCAGGCCCCUGCUCUCCCCCAGAGCUGCCUCCGAGGUCCCCCGGGCCCCCCAGAGCCCAGCCACCCCCACCCUGGGAAGAGGCUUCACAGACGGAGAUGACAUCCUGUUCUACGACCACACCCCUCCACCUCCACCUUCUUCCCUCAGCCUAUCAGCUGCCAAGUUGGCUGCUCUUAAGAAGCUAAGGGCGAAAGGGGAGGGGUUAGCAAAGGAAGACCCCAACGCCGUGAAGAGGAAGAGGAGUGGUGACAUCAUCAGCGCCAGGGUGGAGAGCAACCUCACCUUGCCUGACGAGGACAAGCCAGGCCCGGAGGGGGAGGAGCCAGCCCAGAAGAAGAGGCGGGAGAACCUGGAUUACAUCCAAUCAGAGGAGUUCCAGAAGAUCCUCAAUGCCAAGUCCCGCCAUGGGGCGGAGCUACAGGCCGCUGAGUACCAGCUGCAGGAGCGAUACUUCGACCCCCUGGUGAAGAAGGAACAGCUGGAGGAGAAGAUGAGGAACAUCAGGGAGAUGAAGUGCAGAGCCGUCACCUGCAGGAACUGUAAGUACACGUACUUCAAGCCAGCAGACAGGUGCAAGGAGCAGAACCACCAGCUCCAGUGGCACGACGCCCUCAAGCGCUUCUUCAAGUGUCCCUGUGGACAGAGGGCCAUCGCCCUGGACCGACUGCCCAACAAACACUGCAGCAACUGUGGCUUGUUCAAGUGGGAGAGAGAUGGCAUGCUGAAGGAGAAGGCUGGGCCUAAGAUAGCAGGAGAGCUCCUGCAGCCUCGAGGAGAGGAGCAGGCCAAGUUCCUCAGCAGCAUGAUGUAAACAACUUCAUCAUCUCAGCAGCAUGAUGUAAACACCAUCAUCAUCUUCAGCUGCAGUUGUUGGUAGUGUCAACGGUUUUUAUUUUAUUUGAAGGGAGAGGUGGAUUAUGGACUUUUAAUUCUUGUGUUUUUACUGAAAUGUGAAUGGAUGGUGGUUUGUAAAGUUGGUCAUUAUGGACUACCAGCGGCACAGGCUGGGAUUAUUAAAUCGUGUUU